AAGUGAAUUAUCCAUUGUCGUGUGACAUGUCAAUGCGUGAUAAAAAGGCAGAUCUACAGUCGACUAGUACUACUACUAGCUACGUGGAGUAAAAUAAAGUACAAUGUACUAUUCAUGACGGUCCAGUCUGAUGUUAACUAAAGACUGUCUUUUUCGUUUCAACUCUUCAACUUGCAAGCCAAGGUUAUUGCACAGGCUGUUUGCAUGGUUUGAAAUAAUCAAUGUGUCGUGAUGGAGAGACAAGUGAGUUCAGAUGACUGGGUAGCCAUCCAACCUGAUCCAUUUCAAACCUCUGAAGCUAAAAGUAAAGCAUCUCAUCUCCAUUUCAAGGUAGCCUGGAACGAGCAGCUUCAUAAAGUCGCUAUCGUCUGCCAUGAAGCGGAGCAACGGGCGAUCCGAAGGACUCUCAACACUGGCCCUCCAGGGAAAAAACCUGGUAAUCCUGACAAGGACGUAGGUAUUUCCAAAGAUAGGCCUUCGCUGAAUGGAACCAAAGAGGGCUGGACAACCCUGAUGUCCAUUCAAGAACUACAGUACGCCCACGAGCAGAUGUGCCUUGUGAAACCCGAGCUUUGUGAAUACCCACCGUCCUUGCCCUUUGACCCCCGCGGCAUCUGGAGCUGGGUGUACAGUCUUGAGAUUCCAGACGACUUUGAUGAACAGCUUGUGAGGUACCUUGAUACGGCAGCUGAAAUUGCCGGGAAGAAGCUCGUGACUGAUACGCUCUUUAACUCGCAUGUUGGUAUUGAGGGUUAUGUGGAAAGCUAUGGUAAGCUGAAGCAAGAUGCUUAUGAAGCUGAUGUCGCAAAGUGGGAGGAGCAGAUACGGACAUCGCACAAGAAACACUCUUCCGUGAAGAAAAUGAAGGAUAUGAUGGAACUCUACGAGAAGGAGGAUGGGAUUUUAUGUGACCUAGCCUCAGCUCAAGCCGAACUGUUUAAUUUAUACCUCCAACCCUAUCUAGACUUGAGGGAACUAGCCUUUGAUCAUUUACUGAAUUUGCAGGAGAGACUGGAGGACGAGUCUAUGAGUAUGAAGGGGAGAGAGAAAUGCACCAUGGAGUACAGUGAAUGGCAGGAACAUUAUGUGGAGUCUAUUGAUGCAAUCAACAAGUUGAGGAUCAACUAUUUUCAAGAGUGCAUGAAAACAACAAAAGCCGUCGUCACUCAGAUGACAUCGGACAGCAAGGAGUUUGGCAAGGCAUCAUGGGAAAUGGGAGGAGAGGAGCGUCUCAGCAACCUGCUGCAAACCCUCUCACAAGACACUCUACAGCUACUUCAAGCCAAGAGGGAUAAUACAAGCAUGAACUCGGCAAGAUUAAACAAGAUUCCACUGGCAUGUUUGGAUGAAGGUGCAGGGUUCCAACGCGAGGUGGAGAGGUUACAGGGAAAGCUUUUGAUCCAGAUGAAACUCUUUGAGACACAGCUCAGUAUUCUACAAGAUCAGGAGUCUCAAUGCAGUAGACAACUCAAACAGCUACAGCAGAAAUUCAAGGCAGAGGAUGAUGUAAUGUUCUACGAUGCCGUUGAGAACGUGGAGGAUCUGGAUUUGGAUGUCUUUGCUGAGGAGGAGGGACCGGUCAGAGAGGAGGAAAGUCGGACGCUGGAGGAGAAAUAUACAAGGUCAAAGGUCUUGAGGUCAAGGCUUGCACGCAUCAGCAAAAGGAAAGCUCAACUGAGAAACAAUAAACAACUGUGUAAGAAUCAGAACAAUGAGAAGAGUGCAGGUAGCAGAAAGAUGGAAGUAGACCAUGAGAUGCACCAUAAGAUCCAAAUGAAACGUGAUCAACAGGCAGCCAUUGGACAGAAGAAAAAAGACUUCUUCAAUGCAGAGAGACAGAAGACAAUGGAGAGAUUGAAAAAUUACAAUAUGAAAUAUCCAAGUCCCAAGACGAUUAAACCACACCAAUUCAAGAAACAUAAAGAGGACAAAACUAAAACUAGAAGUAGUUCAUCAGUUUCAACAGACUCUAAAAUGUCAAAAUCCAAACUUGGGUCCCGAGUUAAAUCUGCCAAGCCUGGUUCACCCAACUCGAACAAAAAAUCCCCAUCGAAGUCACCAGGGUCUUCCAGAAGUGCACCCUCACCUCCUCCUUAUCCUCCUCCAGCUGGUUCCCCCGUCAGUGCUCCUCCUCCUCCAUCACCGCCACCGCCGCCCCCUCCACCAGCCGUGCCUGCCCCACCACCCCCACCACCACCACCACCACCAGCAUCUCAGCCGGGCAUGGCUCCCACGACAGGUGGUAGGGGGAGAUCACCGGUUGGUGGGAAGAAGAAGCAAGCAGCAGAGGUAGCCCCUCCAACUGGUAUUAAUCUCGAUAGCAUCCUAUCAGCUAGACAGAGACUUCAAAAAAGAACGAGCAGUGAUGAAGAUGGUGCACAUAAAACAGACAAAGACCCUAUGAUGGGCAUGUUGCAUCUGAUUCGCCAGGGUGUCAAGCUACGGCAGGUGGAAGGUAACGGCGACGCCCAGAAACAAACCCAGUGGGAGAAUUCAGAACUCUUCAAUGCAAUCAGUAAACUCAGAUCACAAGUUGAAACCGUAGAGACGUGCGACUCGGAUGAUGACUUUCUCUAGAGGGAACAGCCUUGUCACUUAUAAUCCAUAGUCUAUUUUCAUUUAAAAAUGUAUC